AUGGGUUACACGAGAAGCACUCGCCUGCGACCUAACUUGAGAGGAAUCGCAGUGGGUGAGGCGCUAAGCAGUGAGGCGCUAAGCAGUGAGGCGCUAAGCAGUGAGGCGCUAAGCAGUGAGGCGCUAAGCAGUGAGGCACUAAGCAGUGAGGCGCUAAGCAGUGAGGCGCUAAGCAGUGAGGAGCUAAGCAGUGAGGCGCUAAGCAGUGAGGCGCUAAGCAGUGAGGCGCUAAGCAGUGAGGCGCUAAGCAGUGAGGCGCUAAGCAGUGAGGCGCUAAGCAGUGAGGCGCUAAGCAGUGAGGCGCUAAGCAGUGAGGCGCUAAGCAGUGAGGCGCUAAGCGGUGAGGCGCUAAGCGGUGAGGCGCUAAGCGGUGAGGCACUAAGAGGUGCGGCGCUAAGCGAUGAGGGGCGCAGCGGGGUAUUAGGCGCGAAACGGCUCGCCUCAAAUCCCGUCGCGGUGUCGCCUCACCGUAAAUCCGCUCGCGGCGUCGCCUCGCCGCCCCACGCUGCCUCCUCACGCCACCGCGAUCACGCUGGCCGCGCGACACACUGCGGGCCCUCGUGCUCCUCCCAAUAUCCCCUUUCCGCUGCCCGCUUCCUUUCCCGCCGCCCGAUUCCCUUUUCGUGCCCGGAAUCCCCUUUCCUGCCGCCCUACCGCCCUUUCCCGCCGUUCGAUUCCCCUUUCACGCCGUCAGAUUCCCGUUCACGCCGCCCGCUUCCUCUUUCCCGCCAGCCAAAGCGCCUUCCCGCCGCCCGACUCCCAUUUCCCGCCGCCCGACUCCCCUUCCCGCCUCCCUAUUCCUCUUUCCGUCGCCCGAAUCCCCUUCCCUCCCUUCCCUCCCUCCUCUCCCUUCCCUCCCUUCACUCGUGCCUCCCUUCCCUCCCUUCUCGACCUUCCCUCCCGUCUCUCCCUUCCCUCCGUUCCCUCCUUUCCCACCAACCCCUCCCUUCUCCCCCGUCUCUCCCUUCCCUCCCUUCCCUCUCUUUAGGCCCGUCUCUCCCUUCUCAGAGUUCCCUCCCUUCCCUCCCUUCCCUUCCUUCUCUCCCUGCUUUCCCGUCUCUCCUUUCCCUCCCUUCUCUCCCGUCCCCCACUUCCCUCCUUCCCUCCAUUCCCUCCCUUCCCUCCCUUCUCUCCCUUCCCUCCCUUCCCUCCCUUCCCUCCUUCCCUCCCUUCCCUCCCUUCUCUCCCGUCCCCCACUACCCUCCUUCCCUCCAUUCCCUCCCUUCCCUCCCUUCUCUCCCUACUCUCCCUUCCCUCCGCACCUACCUUCUCCCCCUUUUCUCCCUUCCCUCUCAUCCCGCCUUGCAAUCUCCUGUCUCUCCCUCCUCUCCCGUCCCACCCUUCCCUCCCCUCCCUUCCCUCCCUUCCCUCCCUUCCCUCCCUUCACUCCCUUCCCUCCCUUCUCUCCAUUUUCUCCCUUCUCUACCAUCCCUCCCUUCCCUCCCUUCUCUCCCUUCCCUCCCUUCUCUCCCUUCCCUCCCUUCUCUCCCUUCCUUCCCUUCUCUCCCUUCCCUCCCUUCUCUAUCUUUCCUCCCUUCUCUCCCUUCCCUCCCCCUCCAGUCCCUCCCUUCUCUCCCGACUCUCCCUUCUCUAAGUUCCCUCCCUUCCUUCCGUUCCUUCUCUCCCUGGUUUCCCGUCUCCUCCUUUCCCUCCCUUCUCUCCCGUGCCUCGCUUCCCUCCUUCCUUCCAUUCCCUCCCUUCCCUCCCUUCUCUCCCUUCCCUCCCUUCUCUCCCUUCCCUCCCCCCCUACCUUCUCUCCCUUUUCCCCCUUCCCUCUCAUCCCUCCUUGCAAUCUCCUGUCUAUCCCGUCCCUACCUUCUCUCCUCGUCCCGCCUCCUAUUCUCCCAUCCCGCCUUCCCUUCUCCUCGUCCCGCCUCUUAUUCUCCCAUCCCGCCUUCCCUUCUCCUCGUCCCACCUCCCAAUCUCCCCAUCCCGCCUCCCAAUCUCCACGUCCCACCCUCCCUUCUCCUCGUUCCACCUUCCCCAUUUCCCAUUCACGCCUCCCAUCACCUGUCCCUGCCUGCCCAUCUCCCCUUCACGCCUCCGAUCACCUGUCCCUGCCUGCCCAUCUCCCAUUCACGCCUCCCAUCACCUUUCCCUGCCUGCCCAUCUCCCCUUCACGCCUCCCAUCACCUUUCCCUGCCUGCCCAUCUCCCAUUCACGCCUCCCAUCACCUUUCCCUGCCUGCCCAUCUCCCAUUCACGCCUCCCAUCUCCUUUCCCUGCCUUCCCGUCUCCCAUUCACGCCUCCCAUCACCUUUCCCUGCCUUCCCGUCUCCCAUUCACGCCUCCCAUCACCUUUCCCUGCCUUCCCGUCUCCCAUUCACGCCCCCCAUCACCUUUCCCUGCCUUCCCGUCUCCCAUUCACGCCUCCCAUCACCUUUCCCUGCCUUCCCGUCUCCCAUUCACGCCUCCCAUCACCUUUCCCUGCCUUCCCGUCUCCCAUUCACGCCUCCCAUCACCUUUCCCUGCCUUCCCGUCUCCCAUUCACGCCUCCCAUCACCUUUCCCUGCCUUCCCGUCUCCCAUUCACGCCUCCCAUCACCUUUCCCUGCCUUCCCGUCUCCCAUUCACGCCUCCCAUCACCUUUCCCUGCCUUCCCGUCUCCCAUUCACGCCUCCCAUCACCUUUCCCUGCCUUCCCGUCUCCCAUUCACGCCUCCCAUCACCUUUCCCUGCCUUCCCGUCUCCCAUUCACGCCUCCCAUCACCUUUCCCUGCCUUCCCGUCUCCCAUUCACGCCUCCCAUCACCUUUCCCUGCCUUCCCGUCUCCCAUUCACGCAUCCCAUCACCUUUCCCUGCCUUCCCGUCUCCCAUUCACGCCUCCCAUCACCUUUCCCUGCCUUCCCCCUCAUCUCAUGUCACCAUGCUCGCAUUUACCCUCCCUAUCCUGCCUCUCCCUAA